AUGCCUCGAGGUCAGAAGAGUAAACUAAAUGCCCGUAGGAGACGACGCAGAGCUCGAAAUGAUGCUCAGGCUUCUGAAGGUGCACAGAAAGCAGUAGAGGCAACAGAAGAGUCCUCUCCUGAAUCAUGUGGUGCCUCUGAGAUGCCAGAGAAACAAUCAGUUUCCAGCAUAACUACUGGUGUCCUUUCUUUCAGUAUAUCAGAUGAAAGUUCCAUUGAUGAUCUAGAUGAUGAAGAAAACCUUUUGGGGAAUUACCAUUCCAUUAAUCUCCACCAAGAUAUUCUAGCCAGAAAGGUCUUCGUGCUGUCGCAGAUUCUCCUUGACAACUACAAAAUGAGGAAGCUUACUACAAUGGAAGAUAUGAUGCAGGUUAUUGAUAAGGAAGAAAUCAAUGCCUUUCCUGAGAUCCUCAAGAAAGCUGCUGAGAGACUUUCAGAUUUCUUUGCAGUUGAAGUGAGGGAAGUUGAAUCAAGCAGGCAAGUAUAUGAUCUUAUCAGCAAGCUGAAACUCCCCAACAAUGGGAGGGUUCGUCCUGGCCAGGGCUUACCCAAAACUGCUUUCGUGAUGACUGUCCUAGGCAUGAUCUUCAUGAAUGGCAACUGUGUGCGUGAAGAAGAUAUUUGGAGAAUGCUGAGAUCUAUGGAAGUAUAUCCUGGGAAGAAGCACCGCAUCUUUGGUGAGCCCCGGAAGCUCAUGACCCAGUAUUUGGUGAAGCUGAAGUACCUGGAGUACAGGCAGAUGGCCGGCAGUGAUCCUCCAUGCUACGUGUUCUUGUGGGGUCCCAAAGCAUAUGCUGAAACCAACAAGAUAACUGUCCUCAAGUUUAUCGCCAAGAUCUAUAAAAUCCCACCCCGUUACUUCUCAGAUCUUUAUGAAGAGGCUUUAAAAGAGGAUAAAGAGAAGGAUCAAGGCAACCAUGAAAUCAUCCCUGACACUCCUGCCAAAGCUUUUUUCCAAAGUAAUAUGGCCAAAAUUUUCUCCCCUGCCCAAGUCUGGAGAUAUUUUAUUUUCCAUAAAUAAAAUGUAGCAGCAUAAUAAGGAUUUUCUUGAAAGCAUGAAAGCCCGUAGUAAACAGGGUAAUGCAGGGAAGGAAUAGAUAGAACU